CCCACUCUCUCUGUUUCUCUAAAUAUACCUACUUUUUUUCUCUGGCUUAGACUCAUACAGCUCUCCAAACGUACGCACACUACUCACUCUCUAAAAGUCGCGCUCACACUACCACCCUGUGCAGCCGUGCUCACAUUCUCCGAGCCGUUUUCUCCCAAAACCGGUUUCCCACGCUCUCUCUCUCUCUCUCUCUCUCUCUCUCUCUAUCUAUCUAUCUAUCUAUGAAGAGUUAUCUGUUUUGCUCACAAACCCAUCUCACUCUCUCGACUUUCUAACUAACCAAACACUACCAAUCACAGAGAGUAUAGGGCUUUUGGGUUUUUUUUUUUUAGUCCUUUUUUUGGGGGGCGAGGUGUAAAAUGGAGAAAAAGCAGGGGUUCUUCUCGGCGCUAAAAGAGGAAGUGGUCCGGGGGCUCUCGCCGUCGCGGUCUCGGGCGAACAGUCCCUGCCGGUCCGGGUCACCAAUGUCGGGUCUGUUUCGGAGAAAGAAAGACCGGAGCCAGAACUACGUGGCGCAUCCGGACGCAUUGAUCGGGAGAUCCGGGAGUCUGAGACCGGUGGGGGAGGCGCUGGCGCCGUUGAUGGAGGGGCCGGACGCGGACGGGGAGGGGGUCGGGGAGUCGAAGCGGGUCGGGUCGGGUCUGGGGCAAUGGAUGAAGGGACAGCUAGCGAGGACACCUUCGGUGACGUCGUCGGCGGCGGCGGCGUGCCGGAGGUCCGAUCUGAGGCUGUUGCUUGGGGUGAUGGGCGCACCUCUCGCCCCGGUGCACGUUAACACCACCGACCCUUGGCCUCACCUUAGCAUCAAGGACACCCCCAUUGAGACUUCGUCUGCUCAGUAUAUAUUGCAGCAGUACACGGCGGCUUCUGGUGGGCAGAAGCUGCAAAACUCAAUAAAAAAUGCAUAUGCGAUGGGAAAAGUUCGGAUGGUGGCUUCUGAGUUCGAAACCGCCACUAAGGUGAUGAAGAACCGGAAUGCUGCUAGGUGUGUGGAGUCGGGCGGGUUUGUGCUCUGGCAGAUGAAUCCAGAUAUGUGGUAUGUGGAGCUUGCUGCUGGGGGCAGCAAGGUUCAUGCUGGCUGCAAUGGAAAACUUGUUUGGAGGCACACACCCUGGCUCGGUGCCCACACUGCAAAAGGGCCUGUAAGGCCUCUUCGUCGCGCCCUUCAGGGGCUUGAUCCUAGAACCACCGCCAGUAUGUUUACGGAUGCUAGAUGCAUAGGGGAGAAGAGGAUCAAUGGUGAGGAUUGCUUCAUCCUUAAGCUUUGUGCUGAUCCUCAGACAUUGAAGGCCAGGAGUGAAGGACCGGCAGAGAUAAUUAGGCAUGUCUUGUUUGGCUACUUCAGCACAAAGACAGGGCUUCUUGUUCACAUGGAGGAUUCACAUCUUACCCGCAUCCAAUCCAAUGGGGGCGAUGCAGUUUACUGGGAAACUACAAUCAAUUCGUUCCUGGAUGAUUACAGGUCUGUUGAGGGCAUCAUGAUUGCCCACUCUGGGCGUUCUGUGGUAACCCUUUUCAGGUUCGGUGAGAUGGCAAUGAGCCAUACCAAAACGAAGAUGGAAGAAGCUUGGACAAUUGAGGAGGUUGCAUUUAACGUUCCGGGUCUGUCAGUGGACUGCUUCAUUCCCCCGGCAGACUUGAGAUCAGGCUCCAUCAGUGAGACCUGUGAGCUUCCUCAGGAUGAAAGGGGAAAGGGGGCGAUUGCACUAGCAGCAUAUCGAGCCAAAGUUGCCGCACUGGAGAAAGAACAUGACAGCUCCAUGGAUAACAUGAUUUGGAAGAUGGAAGUCUAACAAGGGUAGGAUCCAACUAGGGCAAUUGUUCAUAUGGGUAGCUAGUUUUAAUUGACUAACAUUUUAAAAAGUUACAGAGUAGGAGUUAAGUCAGCUUUUUUUGGGUGAAGUUGGUUUAUGCCUCUAUUAAUCUGUAAAUACAGAGCAUAAUCAUUCACAGGUUUCAGUGAGGCCUGGUUGAAUCUUUAUACUCUCAAUGCAGAAUCCAACUAUGGAGUUGGAGCUCAGCUUUCCAUUUAGGGAUAGAGCAAGUGGAGGUUAAGUUUUUAAUUUACCUUCAAUGCAUGGAGGUGGUGAAGCUCUGGAGUAUUAGAGCCGCCAACCUCUUAUAAUUCUACUAAUUCUCUUACUUCAAUGAAUUCCAUGGUGGCGGUAGUAAGGAAACUGCCCCCAACCAACUUGAUUUCGAUGCUUAAUGACUAGCCUGUUAAUUUUUUUUACCUUUGUCGGUGUGCUAAUCUUUGUGUGGUUGUUUCUUGGUUUGAGAAGGAGGAGGUCAUGGUAAAAGAGAUGAACUGUAAUUUCUUUUCUUAACAGUUGUAACCCCACAUAUUUCUGAUAUGGGUUUUUGGUUGUAUGUAUCAUGGCAUUUUGUCAGUACUUCUCUAGAGAAAAUUGUAAACAUAAACAUUGUGUCCAUCACAUAUUAAAUGCUCAUGAAUAUGUAUAGAUCAGCAUCUUUCCUUCU